AUGGAUGGCAAGGCCUCGGCCGACGGCAUCGCUUCAGCGACCCAACCUGACGCCGACGAGUUCGGAUUGCCAGUCAGAAAAUAUCGCACUCCCGAACCCGAUUCGACGACAGGCGACGCCGUCCUGGGCGAGAGCCGUGCAACGGCGGACCCGGCAGCCCGUCAUGAGACCAACCCAAAACAACGAGAGACGGCUGCCGGUGACGGCUCUGCGACGCGGCCGUUGCCGGACCCGAGGACCACCACCAGAGGUGCCGAUGACGACGGAGACGAGGCGAUCCUCGAAGAUGCUCCUGCUGCCAUCCCUCCGGGCUCCGCCGUCCCGUCUACCAAGCCCAGCCGGGCGCCCCAGACGAUCCCGCCCGAAAAGGACGCGGGUCCUCAACAACUCCCCGCCGAGCCAACGAGCGGCGGCGCCGAGGACACGACCGAUGCGGAUACGCCAAAGAUGAAGAAUAGAGAGACGCCAGAGGAGGCGUCAGCUCCCGCCGGGAGCAUUCUUGGGUCCCAGCCUUCCCACCCAAAGGAGGGUGAGGCUUCUCCACUCCCCGCCGAGACGAGUAGGGUCGGUGUGGACGACGCGGCCGAUGCGGCCGAUGCGACACCAAAAAUGAAGCAUCGAGAGACGCCGGAGGAUACGCCGGAGGAAUCGCCGUCCCCCGCCGCGAGCGUCGAUGGGGCCCAGCAUUCCAGCCCGAUGAGCGCCGGCAAGAGGAGGCAUUCUGCAGCGCGCAGUCGCACCACGAGCUUGCACAGUCGAAGCAACAGCACCGUCUCCAACGCAUCCGUUUCCGAGCAUUCCCAUCAGGCUCUCGCCAUGCAGCCGGAGGAGGAGGAGCCGGAGGAGGAUGAAGGGUGGCAGACGAUGCCAUCGUACGCCAGGUACGACAUGUACGACGACGACAAUCGCCUCAUCGCUCGAGAGCACGAUGAGGAAGAGGACGAAAAGUACACGUACGGCGGACUCGGAGGUGCAGGAAAGGGCUACACCCGGGUCGACAUGGACGACGAUGUGCAGUCGGCCACGAGCAUGGACGACAACACGCAGUACCUGUUCAAGGGGGCCAGCAGGAACGACUUGGUAGACGACGAGGAGGGUCGCGACGCCGUUUCGCAGAUGGAAGCCACCAAGGACCUGUUGACGGAAGGGCAGAGGGUCGCCUACGUCGGCCUCGUGCGGCUCGAGAUUGCGCGCAUGGUGGAGGAUGCCGAGGAGCUCGGGACGACCAAGAAAACCAAAAAGGCGCUCGCCAUCGGCGUCGAGUCUCUGCGCAUGUGGGGCCAGAAGAUGAUGAUCCGUCUGUACGCCCACAUGGACAUCAGCGAGGCCGAGCAGCUCAUGAUCGAGCAGCUCGACGAUCACGGCGUCAUGCCGGGCGACUUGACGCCGGCCCUUCACGCCAACUCGAGGGUUCGGAACCCCAUGGCCGAGGACAAAGGGACGACGGACAAGGCGGCGACGGCGACGGAUGCCGCCAAGUCGUCGGGGUCGUCCAGCCCGAGUUCCGGAGAGGGGGACGCGGCCAAGGAUCCGGCGGCCCCGUACGAGAGCGUGGAAAGCUCCGAGGACCUCGACGUUCAGACGCCGUCGCAGCUGCCGACGACGCAGAAGAUCGACAUCGACCUCCGGUGGACCGUCCUGUGCGACCUGUUCCUCAUCCUCAUCGCCGACUCCAUCUACGACGCGCGCUCGAGGGUGCUGCUGGAGCGGGCGGGCGCGAGCCUCGACAUCUCGUGGAUCGACAUCUGCAGGUUCGAGAAAAAGGUCACGGACGCGCUGGAGAUGCAGCAGGCGGCGGAGAAGGAGAACUGGAACGAGGACGAGCACAUGGAGGCGCGCAGGAAGCUGGCGCUGAAGAAGAGAUACGUCAUGAUGGGCCUCGCCACCGUCGGCGGCGGUCUCGUCAUCGGACUCUCGGCCGGCCUGCUGGCGCCCGUCAUCGGCGCCGGCCUGGCGGCGGGCUUCACGACCAUCGGCGUCACGGGCACGAGCAGCUUCCUCGCCGGCGCCGGCGGCGCUGCCAUCAUCACGUCGUCGGCGGCCGCCUCGGGUAGCCUCAUCGGCGGGCGGGCGGCAAACCGGCGAAUGGGUGCGGUCAAGACGUUCGAGUACCGGCCGCUGCACAACAACAAGCGGGUGAACCUGAUCGUGACGGUGUCCGGCUGGCUCACGGGCAAGGUCGACGACGUCCGGCUGCCCUUUAGCACCGUCAACUCGGUCAUGGGCGACGUCUACAGCGUCCUGUUCGAGCCGGAGAUGCUGCGCAGCAUGGGUGACACCAUCAACAUCCUGGCCACCGAGGCGCUCACGCAGGGGCUCCAGCAGAUCCUGGGCAGCACCAUCCUGGUCAGCCUGAUGGCGGCGCUCCAGCUGCCGAUCGUGCUGACGAAGCUGUCGUACCUCAUCGACAACCCGUGGGCCGUGUCGCUCGACCGCGCGUGGGCGGCCGGCCUCAUCCUGGCGGAUUCCCUGCAGGAGCGCAGCCUCGGGACGCGGCCCAUCACGCUCGUCGGAUACUCGAUCGGCGCCCGCGUCAUCUUCUCGUGCCUGCAGGAGCUGGCGAAGAAGGGCGCAUACGGCGUGGUCCAGAACGUCUACAUGUUUGGCUCGCCCAUCGUGGUGAAGAAGGAGGAGUAUCGGCGAGCCAAGUCGAUUGUGCCGGGGCGGUUCGUCAACGGCUUCAACCGGAACGACUGGAUCCUCGGCUACCUGUUCCGGCUGACGAGCGGCGGCAUCCGACGGGUGGCCGGGCUGGCGGCCAUCGAAGACUGCCCGUGGAUGGAGAACAUGGACGUGACGGACGAGGUAGCCGGCCACAUGGAGUACCGACGAGCCAUGCCCAAGCUGCUGAUCAAGUGCGGCUGGGAGGUGGACAGCGAGGAGUUUACCGAGAUCGAGGACCCCGACCCCGAGAACCACAAGGAGCGGCAGCGAGAGCUCAUCAACGAGAUCGAGGAGGCCCGCAAGGAGCUGGAGAAGAGCGGCAAGGCGAAGAAGGGCGGCCGCUUCGGCCUCUUCGGCCGUCGCAAGAAGGCGGGGAGGCAGGAGUGGGAGGUGUACGAGGACACGGCGGGCAAGGGAGCGGCGGCGGCGCCGGGCGGCGGGACCGAGGCCGACGGGGGGGAGGGCGGCCACCACGGCGUCCUGUUCGACAUUGACGCCAUCCGGGCCGAGCUGGCGAGGGAGGCGGGCCAGGGCGCGACGGAGGAGGAGCUGCAGGUGCGGGAGAUCAAGUCGACACUGCCGCCGAUGCGGCUGCAGCUGACGCCCAUGUCGUCGCCAUCGCCGGCACCGCCGAUGGACAGACGGGGCUCGCUGCGGGAGACGAGGAGCGCCGACGAGCUGGGGUUGCACGUGCACGUCCCGGACGAGGGGACGACGAGCCCGCUUAGGCUUGCCGACGAGCACGAGCACGGGGAGGAGGAGAUCCAGAUGACGUUUGACAGUCCGUUCCACGAAGAGUCAUCGCACAGCAACGAGGAGCUCCGGCGGCCGACGACGAAGCCGACGUUGGCGGAUCCGUGGGCGGACGAGGACGAGGAGUUUGGCAAGGAAAAGGAGAUAUCCAUGACGUUUGCAUAG